AUGGAGUCCUCCAGAUCGCUUCUCGGCUGCCUGGCGAGCGCCGCUGCCGCCCCGCCGGGGGAGGAUGCCACGGGCACAGGGGCCGAGGAGGAGGAGGACGAGGAGGAGGCGGUGGCCGCCGACCUGGGCUCCCACGCCGCGCUGCCCUACUGGACGGCUGUAUUCGAGUACGAGGCGGCGGGCGAGGACGAGCUGACCCUGCGGCUAGGCGAUGUGGUAGAGGUGCUGUCCAAGGACUCGCAGGUGUCCGGCGACGAGGGCUGGUGGACCGGACAGCUGAACCAGCGGGUGGGCAUCUUCCCCAGCAACUACGUGACCCCGCGCAGCGCCUUCUCCAGCCGCUGCCAGCCGGGCGCCGAGGACCCCAGUUGCUACCCGCCCAUUCAGCUGCUAGAGAUUGAUUUUGCGGAGCUAACCCUGGAGGAGAUCAUCGGCAUUGGGGGCUUUGGGAAAGUUUAUCGCGCUUUCUGGGUAGGUGAUGAGGUCGCUGUGAAAGCAGCUCGCCAUGACCCUGAUGAGGACAUCAGCCAGACCAUAGAGAAUGUUCGCCAAGAGGCCAAGCUCUUUGCCAUGCUGAAGCACCCGAACAUCAUUGCCCUCAGAGGGGUGUGCCUGAAGGAACCCAACCUCUGCUUGGUCAUGGAGUUUGCCCGUGGAGGGCCUUUGAACAGAGUGUUGUCUGGGAAAAGGAUUCCCCCAGACAUCCUGGUGAACUGGGCUGUGCAGAUUGCCAGAGGGAUGAACUACCUACAUGAUGAGGCAAUCGUCCCCAUCAUCCACCGUGACCUUAAGUCCAGCAACAUAUUGAUCCUGCAGAAAGUGGAGAAUGGAGACCUGAGUAACAAGAUCCUGAAGAUCACUGACUUUGGCCUGGCUCGGGAAUGGCACCGGACCACCAAGAUGAGCGCGGCGGGGACAUACGCUUGGAUGGCGCCCGAAGUCAUCCGUGCUUCCAUGUUUUCCAAAGGCAGUGAUGUGUGGAGCUAUGGAGUGCUGCUUUGGGAGCUGCUGACUGGUGAGGUCCCCUUUCGAGGCAUUGAUGGCUUAGCAGUGGCUUACGGAGUGGCCAUGAACAAGCUCGCCCUUCCUAUUCCUUCUACAUGUCCGGAGCCUUUUGCCAAACUCAUGGAAGACUGCUGGAACCCCGACCCCCACUCACGGCCAUCUUUCACGAGUAUCCUGGACCAGCUCACAACCAUAGAAGAGUCUGGUUUCUUUGAGAUGCCCAAGGACUCCUUCCACUGCCUGCAGGAUGACUGGAAACAUGAGAUUCAGGAAAUGUUUGACCAACUCAGGGCCAAAGAAAAGGAGCUCCGCACCUGGGAAGAGGAGCUGACACGGGCUGCACUCCAGCAGAAGAACCAGGAGGAGCUGCUGCGACGCAGGGAACAGGAACUGGCUGAGCGGGAGAUUGACAUCCUCGAACGAGAGCUCAACAUCAUCAUCCACCAGCUGUGCCAGGAAAAGCCCAGGGUGAAGAAACGCAAGGGCAAGUUCAGGAAGAGCCGACUGAAGCUCAAGGAUGGCAACCGCAUCAGCCUCCCCUCGGAUUUCCAGCACAAGUUCACAGUGCAGGCCUCCCCGACCAUGGAUAAAAGGAAGAGUCUCAUCAGCAGCCGAUCAAGCCCCCCGGCAAGCCCCACCAUCAUCCCUCGCCUUCGAGCCAUCCAGUUGACGCCAGGUGAAAGCAGUAAAACCUGGGGCCGGAGCUCAGUGGUCCCUAAAGAGGAAGGGGAGGAGGAGGAGAAGAGGUUCCCAAAGAAGAAGGGCCGGACGUGGGGACCAGGAACACUUGGGCAGAAAGAGCUCACCUCAGGAGAUGAAGGCCUCAAGUCCCUGGUAGAUGGAUACAAACAGUGGUCAUCCAGUGCCCCCAACCUGGGGAAGGGUCCGAGGAGUAGCCCCGCCCUGCCUGGGUUCACCAGCCUUAUGGAGAUAGAGGAUGAAGAUGGGGAAGGCCCAGGGAGUGGAGAGAGUCAUCUACAGCAUUCGCCCAACCAGUCCUACCUCUGUAUCCCAUUUCCUCGUGGAGAGGAUGGGGACGGCCCCUCUAGUGAUGGAGUUCAUGAGGAGCCCACCCCAGUCAACUCAGCCACCAGUACCCCUCAGCUGACGCCAACCAACAGCCUCAAGCGCAGUGGGACCCACCACCGGCGCUGUGAGGUGGCUCUGCUUGGCUGUGGAGCUGUUCUGGCAGCCACAGGCCUAGGGUUUGACUUGCUGGAAGCUGGCAAGUGCCAGUUGCUUCCGCCAGAGGAGCCUGAGCCACCAGCCCGGGAAGAGAAGAAGAGACGUGAGGGUCUUUUCCAAAGGGCCAGCCGCCCUCGUCGGAGUACCAGCCCCCCCUCCCGAAAGCUCUUCAAGAAGGAGGAGCCAAUGAUGUUGCUAGGAGACCACUCUGCCUCCUUGACCCUGCUCUCUCUCUCCUCCAUCUCCGAAUGCAACUCUACCCGCUCCCUGCUGCGCUCGGACAGUGAUGAGAUCGUAGUGUAUGAAAUGCCAGUCAGUCCAGUGGAAGCUCCGCCUCUCACCUCGUGCGCCCACAACCCUCUCGUUAAUGUCCGAGUGGAGCGCUUCAAGCGAGACCCCAACCAGUCCCUGACGCCCACCCAUGUCACUCUCACAGCCCCCACGCAGCCGAGUGGUCACAGGCGGACUCCUUCUGAUGGGGCUCUUAAGCCAGCAGGAGCCCCUCCAGCGCUCGCAAGCCGGAGUCCCUCCAGCAAUGGAAUGAGUCCCAGUCCUGGGACAGGAUUGUUGAAGACUCCCAGCCCCAGCCGAGACCCAGGUGAAUUCCCCCGUCUCCCUGACCCCAAUGUGGUCUUCCCCCCAACUCCGAGGCGCUGGAACACACAGCGGGACUCCACCUUAGAGAGACCCAAGACCCUGGAGUUUCUGCCUCGGCCGCGUCCUUCCGCCAACCGGCAGCGGCUGGACCCGUGGUGGUUUGUGUCUCCCAGCCAUGCCCGCAGCGCCUCCCCAGCCAACAGCUCCAGCACAGAGACUCCCAGCAACCUGGACUCCUGCUUUGCCAGCAGCAGCAGCACUGUGGAAGAGCGGCCUGGACUCCCAGCCCUGCUCCCUUUACAGGCAGGGUCACUGCCCCCCGCUGAGCGGACGCUUCUGGACCUGGAUGCGGAGGGGCAGAGCCAGGAUAGCACGGUGCCCCUGUGCAGAGCUGAACUGAACACACAUGGGCCUUCCCCUUACGAGAUCCAGCAGGAGUUCUGGUCUUAGUGUAAAAAGGGUCAGGGUGGGCAAGGGGGAAGCCGGAGGAGAUGGAGGGAGCUGGCUGGCACAGCCCUGUCUCAGUUAGGCCCCCUGGGAUCCAGACCUCCUCCUUGCACUAAGAAUGCACUUUGAAGAUGGAAGGGAUGGAAGCAGGGCCAGCCACUUCAGGGGGUCUCCUGCCCUGCAGGAUCUUUUUUCCACGUUCACUGGAGGGGUUGUGUCAGCUCUGGCUGUGUAGGAGAGGGAAGUCAUGUCCCCACCCUCCCUCCAGUCUUCCUCACCUUCAGGGUGACACUGCAGAGUCAUCCAGCCAAAUCUGUCCGCUGCCUCUUCUCCCUCAGCCGGAGCUGUCCUGGAGUCCCUUUGUCAGCCCUGAGUUCUGUACUGAUGUUCUGUGAUUGAUUUAGCUUGUCUUCCUUUAGUAUGUGAUGAAUGUCUUGUGUCCGAAGUCCUUUUAUGCUAGCUGGUGGGGACAGGUUGGCCUUAUGAGGGCCAAUGGGCUUGAAAGACCUGGUACUGCCUACCCGUGCAGAUGUCAGUGAGAACUGAGAGUGUGAGGAGGGAGGAGAGGAGGCAGUCAGGGGAAACGGUCAGGUUGGGUAGAAAGGGCCCUAGAGUCACUCCCUGGUUUGAGUUUGGGUUUUAGAAAAAGAGGCAGAAAUCAACACCUGCUGAAUGGCUCCAUCUACCCCCUUGGGUUCAGGCCAUGGCUACACCAGAUGUGAAUAUGAGCGUAUUCAUCUCAGGAAUAGCUGUUUGGGAGACGCACUCAGUGAUGCCAGGUCUGAGGUCAGACACAGCUCCUGCAUGGACCUGUCUUGUUGGGACUCUGUUGUUCUUUCCUCUAGUUCCUGGAAUCAGUGGCCUGUAGGUUCUAUGUAAUUCACUGACAUAUCUGAAGUAUGUCAGGAUAACAUAUGGGGGUGGGUCCUGGACCUUGGGAUGUGUGCACCUUGUGAUGUCCUUGAAGUAAACGGAACCCUUAGUAAUAACUCUGGGUGUAUGGAGGCAGUAGCAUGAUACAGUUCUUCAAGUGCUCGGUGGUCUGUUGAUAGGUGCUGACCAAGGCCACCUCUGUCUCUGCACAGACAGCCCUUGUGCUGGGCCCUGUACUGUGAGCUGGACAGCAAGGCCUGCCAGAGAGGCUAGUGCUGACGUGUUUAGAAUGUGUUUCCUGAAUUUGAAUACUGAGUUUCGUCUAAAGCUUUCUCACGAAUUUUCUUCGAUGUCCACCUCCUCUGGGCCCCCUGUGUUGUAUGUGCACCAUGGCCCUUAUGUGACAGUAACAGCUUGGUUGGGGUCACAGUCCCGGGUGGUGUCGGAGUCAGUCUGCAGGCUCCCCGUAUUGGCUGCCUGGAUGCCCAUGGGUUAGAGUAGUACACGUGGUACAGGUGACAGAUUUCAUGCCUGCUGUGUCUCUGUAACUGAUAGACAUCCUGGCCUGGGAGGCAUGUUGGUUUCCACAGUUUUUUAUGAGCCCAUUUGCCUUUGGCUUGACCCUGCAGCCCCCUAGACUCGACGGGGAAGCGGUGCUGGUGGUGUCAGCCAGGGUUUGGUUGUAGAGUCUCAUCUUCCCUCUUGGUUCUGUGAAAUGAGGAUGUAAGAGAUUACUACACACACACACACACACACACACACACACACACACACACACACACUCCGACUCCUCAGAUAGGAGAGGAGAGCUUGUGAGCCCUCUCAGAAGCCCCAACCAACUUAAUGAUGAUGCUUUGUCCGUGAGGACUAGACAGUCUGUUGUGUGCCCCUCUCUGGGUCUUUGAAAACCCCUGUUGCUAAGCCACAAAUAUAUCUGCACACCUUGGCUGCACUAAGGCUUUAAGGUGGGCUGCAGCUGGCUCCAGCCCGUGCUCCAGCCUGGGCUCCAGCCCCACGCAGGGUUUCUUCUCCUGUCCAUGUUUGGUUGUGGACAUCUUUCUGGGAAAGAUGGAGUGUUACAGAUGGAAUAUACACUGUGUGAUAACUACCUGCCAUUGAGUGACAGGUGGAAUAUUUCCUUGUCCACCUAGUGUUCAGACAGAGGAAGGCUUUGUUAAAGGAACGAUUGUACCUGCGAGAAGAGAAAGCAGGGCUGUGAGCGUAUGUUAAGAUGGGGGGAUUUCCUGUUCAGUUCCUCCAAACCUGUGCAGUGCUGGACCACUGUCUGCCACGCUUUCCGUGCGAGCUUGGAGAUGGGAUGAAUGUUAAGGAAGUCAGUUUGUGUGACGUAGGUUCCCUCCCUCUGUGGUCAUGGUUAGGACAGGCCUGGUAGCUGUGGAUAAACUCACUUGAGUGACGGCCGCCAGCUUUCCCUUCUCUCACUAUCUCUCCUCAAAGACUUGCUAUCCUGCGGCUGCUAACAGGACCUUUGCUGUCUCCUCAGGUCUUCAGUUCCCAGUGCUUACCCUUGGGGAGGGAAUCCAUACAGUUGGAACUGAGUAGAUGCCUCCAUUAUCCUUACUGCUGUUUCUAGGAAGCUGUGGUGGGCGCUCUUAACUUGGCAUUCUUUGACAUCCCUGUGAUCUGGUAGGCGUCAUAAUAACAAUAGCAUACAUUUGGACAACUCGGAAUAGGGUAGCUUUUCCUUCUGGCCUUUACAAAAUGACAUCAUUUUCCUUCGCAUUCGAUACCUGUGUCUCAAAAACAGACAGACAGACAGGCGCUGUUUGGAUGAUUGAGUCUGGCCACCAGGCUCUGAGACAGCACAGGUUGGCCCUGCUCCUCUGUUCUGCUUUCCUUGCAUGACUCCGGUCCUGUGUCUUGACCCCUCUCAGGUUCCCUUGUAAAAAGGAAGUCUAUAUUCCUCUCAUAUACUUCCCUUGUGAGGGCAGAGGAACCCUGUGGCUCCCUACCAACUCGAGGGGCAGCUGCUUCCCUUGCAGGAUGAAUGUACUGGAGCCACAGUGUGGUUCUCACCCCCUUUGCCUCAGGGCGUCUUCCCUGGGUUUUAUCCUUUGGCUUCUGGAAGAGGAGUGAUUUGGGGUUGGCUUGACACACCUAGUGGGCCAGGCAUAUGCUCUCCUGCCACAUUAUGUAGCCCAGGUGACAAAAGCAUCAUUUGUUUUCUGAUUCCCUCCCCCACUUAACCUGGCCAGUUGGGUGUCCUUACCGUCUGUGUCUUACUGAGGAAAUGGGAGCUUGGUGAAAGCACCUGAGGGACAGCUGUCCCUGCCCUGUGAGGGUCAUCCCCAGGGUCACAUUUGAUAAGAGUUUAAAAUCAGGCCACUCCUGGAAGAAUCUUUGGGAAAGGGGCCCCUAGCCCAUGGGACAUCAUGUGCCAAAGUCUGAUGCUCCUCACAAAGCCCCUUUACACUCAGGCUAUUGCUCAGGGACACAAGACAUUGCCAGCAUGUCUAGACCUCCCCUAGCUCCAUGUUGUCGACAUUUCUUGCCCCAUGAGAGGGGCCAUUCUUAACUCAUGAAGUUCCUCUUUUGCCCUUCCUCUUCUGUCCUCCACCACCCACACCCACCCGCUCCCCAUAGCUGCACCUGCCGAAUGCUAGGCAGAGACCUGUGAAUAUCUAGCUUACUUUUAACAGAGUAAAGAACAGAGGGCCCUGAAGCCUGGGUGGCCGUGAGUGGACACCUCAGGGCCUAAGUGUCCAUCUGUCCAGUGGUGCCCCACCAUGGAUGCAGAACCCUGACCUUUCGAUCAGGUAUGUAUUUGAUCAUGUAUGUGCCUUUGUUUUGGUGUGUGAAGAAUGGCACAGUCCGACAAUUUAGAAGCACACAUCUGGUUGCCUCUAGAAGGCCUGGGAGGAGAGGCAGGUCCUACUUACUGGUGAAGUACUGGACUUUCUCUAAGGAAAGACUGUCCAGACUGGAUUCAGGGGCAGAGGUAAGAGUGGCCCUCAGGGAGUCGUGGGUGGCAAGAACCUGGAUACUUAAGCCUUCCAUUUUCAAGUUGUAAAUUUGCCAGUAUCCGGCCCCCAGAAGCCCUUCUGUGAGCUGGGGGUGAUGCUCACUCUCCUAUUUAAAACUGUUCUAACUGUAAAACCUACCAUCUUAGCUAGGUUCAGUGAUUCAUUCUCGGAAACCCAGACUGGGGCAGGACAGUUGCUUCAGCUCCAGGUGUGACGUCAAUCUGGGGCAACACAGCAAGACCCUGUCUCUCCAGUGUGUGGUGCCAGAGCCCCACGUCCAGUGCAGAUAGCGCCACCAGGCAAGAUUGCUUCCCUUGGUGGAGAAAAGUAUGAAUGUAUGUGUGAUUGGAGGUCAAAGGCCAGUACUGGCCAUUUCCUAUGACUCAAUCAUGUGUCACUUGUCACUGUCCUUGGCUUGACCUGAGAACCACUUCUUGUCAAGAUACAGUUGUUGUUGUUGGGAACACAUUUCCAGAUGGCAAAACAUUAUUUUCCUAGUUCACAAAUUAUAAUGAAGUCCGCACAUAAAAGGAGAAAAGCCCUUCUCCUUGGACUCUUCCUGGCAUUGCUGCUUGGAGGCUCGCUGUCUCUGGUACUGAGCUGAAGGGUAGGAACCAGCAGCAGGAAUCCUGUUUGAUGAAGGUUAAUUAAUAUGGUUCUAACUAGUGUAACCCAGACCCACGUUCCUGGUUGGCUCUGCAGACCAGGUGAGUUUCUUUUACUUUUUCAUGGACUGUGUCUAGGUAUUCCCAUUCACCGCCCCUUCUGUCCGUCUCUGGUCGUGGACCCUGGAGGCAUCCUGGCCUCCCUGAGCUGCUGGGGAAACCCUAGACUUGCUUUUCAGGAUACUGGCUUCUCUUGAGCUCUGCCCUGGGACUGACUGCUCCUUCUUGGUGUCUUACGCCUUGGUCCCUACAUCCCCUUGAGUCUUGUGUUGGAAAGAGAAGAUCCUGGUGAUUGAGGGGAGUUGUCUGAGCGGGCGCUCCGUGCUGCUCUGGUUUCCUUGCCCCUGACUUCCCUUCUAAUUGUCGUGCCCUUUGAUUGUCAGGUGUGAACAUGACAGCUAGAUGGUGGUGUCUCUGGGUGGGAAAUUCAAACACAAAUCUAGUGUUCAGAGACCAGCCUUUCUUACUAGGACAGGACGGGUGGAAGCUCAGAGGUCAGAACGGCUGUAAGGGAAGCGCUGACAUGUGAAGACCCCACAGAAGUGAUACGGUGUGCUUUGCAGUCACUCAAGACCGCCUUUCAAAAGUCCUAUGUUAUUAUCCUUCCUGAAAUCCUUCCCACCUUACCACCUGCACAAGACGGCCUUAAGGCUAAGGGCUGAUCAUGUCAUGGAUGGUUUUACUAAUUUGGGCAUUUUAGAAAGUGACAUUGAAGUAUGGUUUAGCCUUUGAUUGCUGAUGUUUUACAUUUUAUUUUAUUAUUUUUUAACAUCCCUUUGAAAUUUGUAUCCGACACAAGUGCCUCACUCAUCUCAACCUGGUCUAGGCCCUGCCUGCCUGUCUCCUGGAUCUCCAGAUAGGGCUGUGACAUCUAACAUAGGUUUGAUGUCUUAUUCUCAUUUCCACCCCACACAGCACGUUCUAAGUGCCGCUCGUCACUCCUGGGAGCACUUGCAUUCAAAUACAGUGGUCAAGCACCCAGUUCUUAACGUUGGCCCUGUAGCUGGGGUGACUUUUCCUUCCUUCAUGUUCCAUCAUGUUCUUGGGCUGCCUUUCAAGCUCUUGGGAGCCAUUUUCCAGGGGUUUGUGUAUUCCAGGAGAAGGAAAGUGAUAGAGAGAAGCCUGUACAUUCUUAUCUCCAACUUCUCUGGGAAUUCUAGAAGUGAAAAGACGUCAUUCAUCCAAGAUCUCAGAAGUGAGUGAAUGGAGGAUUUCUGUCAUUGCCACCCCCCCACACACACACACACAUACAUUAAGCUUUGCAGUCUCUACCCCUACCCAGCAAGCCUUCUAAAUAGUCCCUUCACACCCCCCACCUGUGUCAGGUUUCUGCCAUUAUUACCCUCCAUCGUCAUUUCACUCAAUCAUUUAUUCUACCUCCGCUUUGAAGGCCAUGUCUGCUAUGGCUUUUAUUUUUUAUUAUUAGUAGUAGUAGUAUUACUUUGGGCAGGGUCUCAUGUAGCCCAGACAGGCUUCAAACUUGCUGUAUAGCCCAGGAUGACCUUGUACUUCUGAUCCUCCUGCCUCCACUUCCCAAUUGCCAAGAUGACAGGCACAUAACUUCUAUUUUCUUCAUUACUGUCAGAAUGAGACAUGGGUUUAUCCUGGCCCAGGUAUGGAGUUGAAUGAUAAAUCUUCAGAAACCACUAAAUCAUCCACAUAGGCUCUGUCUGGACAAAUGUGCAGACAUUUUGUGACAUCUUACAGUACUUCGCAGAGUUGGUGGGUAUUGCCUGCAUCCAAGGAUGUGUGAACAGAUGUGGAGUGUUCAUGCUGCUUGCCUGACGUCACAGAGCUGGGAAGCAAGUUGCUGAUCUGUUUAAGAUAUGACGCUAGCCUGGGAGCACAUUUCUAGACCACUGUUGAAAAUCCUUGAGGUGAAUUUAGGCCAGCCUGGGGCCAGGUGGGUUCUGAAAUCACUCUUUUCCUAAGGUGUGUGCCCUGGCUGACCUGUGAUUCCCCCCCCCCCCCCCCCAGCUCAGCAAACUUCAUUUUUGCUGAUGGUGGCUCUUUCUCCUUCACCUGUUUCUCCUGUCUGCAGGGAUUCUGAGCUCACUGGGAUGUCUGUCGCUCCCCCUCGCUCCCAGGACCACCUAAGGCUUUGUUUCUCUUUCCUGUUUCCAGCUCUAGCUUCCCUGGUGUUCCUCAUUGUAGCUCCACUUUCCUGUGUUCCCAGUUCUUUGAGCUUGGAAGCCUACUCCAGCUCCAGUCUUCUAGGGAGAUGAUGCUGCUGCCUCCUUGUCUCCUUGAGCCUUGGUACCCAGCUGCAGCAGAGCAGGGAGGUGGUGAACGCUAAUGUUCUGCUUCCCCUAACCCUCUGUUCUCAUUUGUCCCCAGCCACAGCUCCACAGACGGCAGUCUGGGGCUCUCUUCAAGGUUGCAGGAGAGGCAUUGGUUGGGCUCUAGUUUUCUGCAAAAGCUUUCUUGGGCCUUUCUCCCCUUAGGGCCCGUGAGUCUAGGAAGUACAGUGAAUGUUCUCUUUGUUUUGUCCUCCAGUAUCUAACUACAAGUUUCCUGUGCCAGUGUCUGCCUCUUCUCCGUGUGUCCCCCGAAUUGAGCCCUCAUGUCCUUUGGAAUCUAAAUUAUUGUGUGUUGUCAGAAAUAUUUAAAGAUGGAAGUGUCCUGAAGGAAGUUUAUGUUCAGGUUCUUUCCUUUGGCUUUUUCUUUUCAUUUCUUUCGAGGUACUGUACAUUGGUGACGAGGGACGCCAAGCAGGCUUGGUUCCGUGGCCAAGCCUCCUACUGUAUUACAGUGUAAUGCUGAUCUCGGCCUGGUCCCAACACCAGGGCUCUCAGAGACUUGAAUAAAACUGUCAUAAUGGUUA